AGUGUGUUAGUUGAUUAAUGAAAUGGGAAGAAAGGAUGAGGGUGGUUGUGCAAUGAGUAGCUCGUGGUGAUGUCGUAUAGCAAAAGUGUAUAAUGGACCCAUGCGGCGGCUGCUAACACUUAAGUUUCGCAAAAAUGAACCGACUUCCAAAUUGCAAUGAUUUAUUUAGGUUUGUGAGGCAACGUGGUGGUCGUGACUGAAUUUCGCACAAAGUUCGCUAAUUCAGUGGAUUAAGCAUACGCAAGGAAUUCGUGUAUGAAAAGGAUGGGUUCCAUGUUCGAUAAAGCAGUGGGCAUGGAACCUAAUGAUUUGACAGAGCAUGCAAAAAGGGUGUUGACGACUAGGACUGAUGAGUCUAGGUUCUGCAAUGUCACUGCAGCUGAUGGUGGAGAGUUUGAGGUGAGGGAUGACCAUGUCAAGUUCCCUGUCACCCUUGGAAAUAUGACUUGUGGGUGUGGGAAAUGGCAUGGAUCAGGGAUCCCUUGCAAGCAUGGUCUCAGGGUCAUUUACAACCAGAGACUUAAUCCUAGGGACUUUGUCUCACCUUUCUACAAGGGGGCUGCAUACAAACUCACUUAUGGAGACCACAUCCACCCCAUGGCUGAUCCAACUCACUGGCCUUCACUUGAUGUGCCAGAAAUUGCACCACCCUAAGGGAAAAAAAAUGCUGGCAGACCACCUAAGCAAAGGAGAAGAGCUGCUCAUGAAGCAAAAAAAAAAAAAAGAAAAGAGGCACAAGAAUAACAAAUGCAACCCAUGCAAAGAACUAGGCCACAAUGCAGUGACAUGCAAGGUAAAAAAGGUAUCAGCAAAGAAGGCAGAACAUGUAGCUUCCUCUUCACAACAAGGCAACACAAGGGAGAAGAGAAAGACUGCUACUUAGCAUUGUUUAGUGUCAUUUUUUAGUGAACAGUGUUUAGUGUCAAGUUGCUUUUGAACAAAAUGUUAACUACUUGGUUUGUAUGACACUUCUCUUGUUUAUCACAAGUCCAAUGUAUGCACAAACUAGCCCUU